GCGCGCGCGCAGAGCGUUCGCAUCGGCAGCGGCAGCAGCAGCGGCAGCAGCAGCCGCCUCAGCGCCGCACAAACGCAACAAAAAUUACCGCCGCCUCCUCUUUUUUUUGCAACAAAUUUCGUCAAAAAAUAAAUAUCGGUUUACCUCAGAUUUUUUUUUUGUUUACACGUCGUCGUUUAACGUCCACCCCGGAAAUAUUUUGCGUAUUUUUUUCUUGUCGUCGCUGUGUAUUAUUGUUUUGGUGGCGUCGAGCGGCGCCUGUGGCCACCACCACCACGACGCUCGAGCCCGGACAAAGCCGUGAGAGGCGCGUUGGGACGAAGUCUUGAACCGAGCAACCUCUGCGAUGAUGGCUGCAGCCUCGCGAGUGCUCGCUCUCGCUGCCCGAGGCCUCCCAUCCAUCUUCAUCUGCGUCUGCCUCGCCGCGAUAAUAACACGCAGAGUGCAGGGUCAGACGUUGAAAACCCCAUCCGAGACCAACAUCACCCUUUACACCAACAUCCUGGAUGUUCUACUCAAGGGUUACGACUACCGCCUGCGGCCGGGCCUGGCCGAAUCCAUCACGGAGGUACAGACUGACAUCUUCGUGACCAGCUUCGGCCCCGUGUCCGACACAGAAAUGGAAUACACCAUUGACAUGUUCUUCAGGCAGAGCUGGAAGGACGAGCGGCUGAAGUAUGAGGGUGCCAUGCAGACGCUGCCGCUCAACAACAUGAUGGCCAGCAAGAUCUGGACUCCGGACACCUUCUUCCACAACGGCAAGAAGUCGGUGGCUCACAACAUGACCACUCCCAACAAGCUCCUCCGCAUCGCAAUGGACGGGACCCUGCUCUACACCAUGAGGUUAACGGUGAAAGCGGAGUGUCCCAUGAUCCUCGAAGACUUCCCGAUGGACACCCACGCCUGCCCGCUGAAGUUUGGCAGCUACGCCUACACCAACAAGGAGGUGAUCUACAGGUGGAAAAACGGCACCAACUACUCGGUGGAAGUUGCUGAGGACGGCUCGCGCACCAACCAGUACCAGCUGAUGCACUACACGGCCAGCACCUCCAACAUCAAGUCCAGCACGGGGGAGUACGUCGUGUUGGUGACGGAAUUCCACCUGAAGCGGAAGAUCGGAUACUUUGUGAUCCAGACGUACCUGCCCUGCAUCAUGACGGUCAUCCUGUCGCAGGUCUCCUUCUGGCUCAACAGAGAGUCCGUCCCAGCUCGGACCGUGUUUGGCGUCACCACGGUGCUCACCAUGACGACGCUCAGCAUCAGCGCCCGCAACUCACUGCCCAAGGUGGCCUACGCCACCGCCAUGGACUGGUUCAUCGCCGUGUGCAACGCCUUUGUCUUCUCGGCGCUCAUCGAGUUCGCCACCGUCAACUACUUCACCAAGCGGGCCUGGGCCUGGGACGGCAAGGCCGUGGUCAACAAGGAGAAGAAAUCGAAGCGCGCCGUCGCCCGCAAGAAGAGGAACACCUACAGCGUCGGCGCCUCGGGCUACGCGGCGGCCCGGUCGGCACGGCCAGGCGCGGCGGGCGACGGCCUCUCCACCGUCUCGCGGAGCAUCGGCGUCACGGGGCCGGGCCGCCAGCCUUCCGGCGGCGGCGCGACGGCGGCGGCGGCGGCGGCGUCCUCCUCCUCGGCCGGCGGCCCGGCAGGAGGCGGGGCCCGCGGUCAGGCGGGCCGGUCGGGCGACAAGCCGGCGCCGGCCGCCGCCGAAAACAAGAAGACGUACAACAGCGUGAGCCGCGUGGACAAGCUGUCGCGCAUCGUCUUCCCCGUGCUCUUCGGAAUCUUCAACCUCGUCUACUGGGCCACCUACCUCAAGAAGACGCCCAGGAACAAGGGCGCCGUCCACCUGAACUGACGGAGGAGGUCUGCGCGCGGGCCGUGUGACACGUGCGUGGAGGCGGGUGGGGUGGGAGGGGCUUCGGGAGGUGGUCUCGCGCGCAGCUGCGGCGGCGUCGCGGCAGAGGUCGCCGCGAAGGAGAGGGUCGCCAGACGUGAAAAGGAAAGUUAAAUUGGCGAGCGGCCGGGUUUCACGUCGUGACGGAUCCGAUGUGAAACCGCCGCCCCUCCUUGGUUUGCUGUGUCGUGGGUGGCUUGCGGCGACGUUGCCAAGUUUUUGGCAAAAAAAA